GCAGGGGAAAGUAAUAGUGCGCAUGCGCAGUGACCUUUACCUAGAUGCCCACGUUGAAGAACUACUGAAGGAUAACUCGGUCCAUUUAGAAGAGUUUUCUGAGCAGUACGAUAUUAGAAAUGGCACCAGUUGUGGGGCAGAAGACUGCAGAUGGUGAGGGACGUGAUGGCAUAAAUGCUAUUCUGCUUGGACCUCCAGGAUCUGGCAAGGGGACACAGGCCCCUAUGUUGGCAAAGGAGUACUGUGCCUGUCACCUUAGCACAGGUGAUAUGCUUCGUGCAGUGGUUGCAUCAGGGUCUGAACUAGGAAGCAAAAUCAAAGGUGUCAUGGACGCUGGUCAGCUAGUAGGGGAUCACCUUGUAGUUGAACUUAUCAACCAGAAUCUUGACAAACCUGAGUGUUCAAAAGGAUUCCUCCUUGAUGGCUUCCCACGCACUGUAGUUCAAGCAGAAAAGCUUGAUGAGCUUCUUGAUCAACGGAAGCAAAAACUGGACUCUGUUAUUGAGUUUGGAAUUGAUGACAAUCUCUUAGUGCGUAGGAUAACAGGACGACUGAUUCAUGUUGCUAGUGGACGAUCCUACCAUGAAGAGUUCUACCCACCAAAGGUUCCCAUGAAGGAUGAUAUCACAAAAGAGCCACUCAUCCGCAGGUCAGAUGACAAUGCAGAAGCUUUGAAAAAGAGGCUAGCUUCUUAUCACAGCCAAACUAAACCUUUAGUAGAUUACUACAGUAAAAGAGGAAUACAUACAUAUGUGGACGCUGCCCAAAAACCUAAUCUAGUGUUUGCAUGUAUACAAGCUGCAUUUGGAAAAUCAAAAGCAACCUCUCAUCUUUGAUGACAAACUCAAUAGGAAAUAUGAUGUACCAAUGAAAUAAAGCCAUCUCCACAAUUCUUAACAAAAGCCCACGCCCCUUGGAUGAGGUUCAAUAGCAAUAAAUAUGUACAUGUAUAAUGUAUAUACAAUUUCUUUUUCUUUGAAGUUGAAAUAAUUUCAGAGACAAAGGAAUUGUUUGAAUUUAAAUUUUAAAGAACUUAAUGAUGAACAUUCAAAUACAGGUUAGGAUAUUGCUUAGGAUAAUAUUUAUUUCAAAAUCAUGAUUUUAAAAAAAUGAUGUUUAUUUGGAUGAGAAAGGUUGGUAGGCAUUGGUGCCUUCAUUGUGAAUUAGUAUUAACUGAUAUGAAUACUGUAAAACAUGAAAUCUUGAAAGUUGUUACCAUACUCAUCAAUGGAGCAUUCAGUGAAAUUAACAUGUUCUACAGUAUUCACUGGUUAUAAUAACAU